UACUAAUUAAUAUUUCUUCCUUAUUGCUGAAAUAACAACUUUUCUUUUUCAUCUGCUAUUUAUUAUAAAGUAGAAUGUUGGUUUACUUUUUUUGUGUGUGAUUAAAUCUGAUCUGAAUUGUCAUAAUCUUCUUUAGAAAUAAAGUACUUAGUUAUCGUAAAGAUUUGAUCAAUAUAUUAAUAAUAAUUUAUUAUUUCUUCAUCAUGGAGAACAUAAUAUGGAUAUGAAAGUUGUGUGGUACAUAAUGCAGUGACUCUGUUUAUGAUGCUGGGGAAUGGAUGGAGAGUGGAAGCUUUUUUGUUUAUUUCUUUAAUAUGUUGGAUUGGACUGUGCUCAAAAAUGGUGCUAAAAACUCUAUGAAAUAAGUGAGUUCAGAUAAUCUCAGACCACACUUUGUGUCAAAUAUGAUGGUUGCUUGCCAAACAAGCUACAAGAUUAGCAAGCAGACUAGUGUUAUUAAAUUUCAUAAAAGUCAUUUUACGACAAAGAAUUUUUUUUUGUGGUAUUUGAACCAGCUAGUCCUUCAUUAAAGCUUUUUAUUAAUGUUAGUAAAUUAAUUAUUUUCAAGCGUUUUGGUAUUGGUUUACAGUUAAACCUCAGAAAGAAUUUGGCCAGAGAUUUCACAGCAUUAUGGUGGAAAACAAGACUGGUGUUUUGAAGUCUUAUAUGAACUUAAUGGCCUUGGUCCAACAGCAAGAAUCCACUAUGACAGAGACGAACAGCCAGCUUAUUGGAACUGUACUCCAUGUCAUUAGGAAGGAUUCCCACAAAUGCAAACCACCAAGCUCUGGAAGAAACAUUUCUUUGAUGAGGAAUCUGGUUUGUGGCAGUUUGAGUCUCUGAGCAACCACCAACCACUGGAAGAAGGUGAUCCUGUACUACAAGCAGCCAUGAGACAUCGAUUUUCUUUGCUUGAUGGCUUGAAUGGUGCUCAGAGAGAUUUUGAGGGAAAUCUGUGGAGAGACCGAUCGGGGCCAUUUUCCUUGUAUCUUCCUGCUAUCUAUGGACCAUGUCUUUGUGGGAAUGUCGAAGACCACACUUUGCACAGAUGGACGAAGUGUUUCGCCUGUAAAACCUGAAGAUUCGGCAGUAAAACCGAAGGAAAUGGCACGUUAAGUGAGAUCUGUAUCGCCAUUUUCAGCACUCGCAGAUGAAGGUUCUCCUGUUCUUUUGUAUCUCAAAAUGUUUUCGGAAAGAGUUGACCCGUACCCCUCUAUAUCAAAGGCUCUAAAGACGAAUACUAACUCUAAAACUAACCCUAACCAUUGAAAGUGGGGUACGGGUUGAACUCAUUCACAGUAUUCUGUUUAUAGUAAUAAAUGGUAUAAUUAUA